GUAUUCGUAUUGUUCUGGAACGAGCAAAACAUUUCUAAAGAAGCUGAACUCGUCCCACUUCUCCUCAAACUUGUGUGUCCGGACGGUGUUGUGUUGUCGCUCUGAGGUCUCCUCCGGUUUGUUGGCAGGUGGAACCGUUGAGCGGAGGGAUGGCGUCGCGGCUGGAGAUGACAGAAAUGUAUGACAACGCUCUGCUGGGGAUCCUGCAGCACGUUGGAAACAUCCAGGACUUCCUGCAGGUCUACUUCGGAUUUCUAUACCGAAAAACGGACUUUUAUCGGCUGCUGUCUGGUCCCAACGACAGGAUGGGCUUCCCUCCAGGAGUGGCGGAGAAGAUGGUGCUGAAGACAUUUAGGAUGUUUGAAAAGCUGGCCGAGCAAGACAGAGAGCGAGCGCAGAGCGGGAGGAGAAACGAGGCUCCGCGUGUUCCUCCUGCAGCCCAGGAGCUGGAGGUUACCUCUGAGCCCGGCGAGGCAGCGGCGGAGCAAAGCGGCACGGAGCCGCCCCAGAUGGAGAGCGCCCCCUCUGAUGGAGGAGAAGUUCCCGCUGCAGCAGCCUCAGAUGCUCCUGUCAGAUCAGAAGAUGGCAGCAGCGAUGGAGCAGGAGCCCAGGGAGGCGAAGCAGCAUCCAGCUGCACAGCAACAGCAGACAA